AAUAUUAUGUUUUUAUGCGAUAAAUAAUUUUUUGACCUAAAAUAUUUUUAAAAAUGGGAUCAGUUCAUUAGUAAAUAAAUUAUGUAAUUAACAAAAAAAAGGUUUUAAAAAAUUGUUUAAGAGCCAAAUAUAUUAAUUCGAUCAAUAAUAUAAAUUUUUUUCCAUACGAUAUUUUUUAAAAUAAUUUUCAUAUAAAUUUACCAUACGCAAGGCAGAUGUCUAGUAUAGUGUAAAAGAAAGUAGAGGAACCGAAUAGUACACUUAAAAUGCAGUUUUUGGUCGUUAUAGCCAGGAAUGAGUAUAAAACUGAACCAAACCAAGACAAACCGAUCCAAGCAGGACAAAACCAAACACAUUUUUUAAAGUAACUGAGUGAAGUUUUUUCUAUUGUUAGUAAAUGGUAUUUGAUUUUAUGUUGUGAUUUAUAAAUGGAUCUUUGAACUAAAUUAUAACUAAACCGAGCAUACACGGAACCAAACUAAAUUUGGUUGAACCGAAUAACCUAAAUUGAGAUUGAACCGAAUCCUAAAUCUUAACAAAGUGGCAGCCUCUUGUUAUGACGAUCAAAAAGGGUAAUUUAGACUUUGAGCUUCGAAGGGUUAUUCUGCAAAUUAUAUAAAGUAAGUUGACGAAAACGUAAUUUUAAAACUUCUUAUCGUAACCCCCUUAUAAAAGCUUGUUCGCUGAACACGAACGAACUCAUAAUCAGUCAUCAUGUCAAAGUUUCUGGGAGCGAUCGAUGGAGCUCAAACUAUUCCGGAGAAAAUCGCUGUAAUCCAGGCUUACUUGAAGAAACUCGAAGAUGCAAAGAAGGAGAGGGCCGAGUGGAGAAAACAGCUUGAAGAAAGGGCGAAUCGUCUUCAAGAACAGAGAGACGCACUCAGAGAUCGGAGAAAGAAGAUCGAGGACGAGAAGAGAGAAAUCGAAGAUCAGAAGAGAGCGAUCGCUGAGCGUAGGAAAGCAACCAUGACUGAAGAUCAGAAGAAAGCACUCGACGACGAAGAGAAAGCGGUGGAGGAACGUGAGAAAAUAAACCAGGAGCGUGAGAAAGAAACAGAGGAUCAAGAGAAUGCAACUGAGGAUCAGGUUAAAGAAGUCGAGAUACAGGAGAAACAUGCGGACGAUGUUGAUUCAGCACAAGAUGCAGAGGACAUUCUUCUCUCGACCACACUUCAAAAUUUGGUUAACGCUUCCCCUCCGCUCCCACCACCGGCAACGGCUUCGCCGACUGUCCCAUCCGGUUUCUCCGCUCUUACACCAUCGAAUCCAACGGCAGCGACUUCUUCGAGUGGCCCAUCCACUUCGCUCGGCCUUGGACCACCGGCAACGACUUCGUCCAGUGGCCCGUCGACUUCGCUCACUCUUGCAUCACCGGCUCCAACGGCAACGACUUCGUCGACUGGUCCGUGCACUUCGCUCAGACUUACACCACCGGCUCCUCCGGUAUCUUCUCUUCCGGCGCCUACAUCCACCUGCAACCCACUUCUUACUUCGCCGAGGUUCUCCACGUUACCACCACCGGCAGCGGCUUCGCCGACUGUCCCAUCCGGUUUCCUCCCUCUUACACCAUCGAAUCCGACGGCAGCGACUUCUUCGAGUGGCCCAUCCACUUCGCUCGGCCUUGGACCACCGGCAACGACUUCGCCGACUGGUCCGUGCACUUCGCUCAGACUUACACCACCGGCUCCUCCGGUAUCUUCUCUUCCGGCGCCUACAUCCAGCUGCAACCCACUUCUUCCUUCGCCGAGGUUCUCCACGUUACCAAUUUUCCCGCCCCGUAACUUCUCCCAGCCCCUAUUUGUAGGCCCACCUAUUGUUCCUCUUGGCCCAAGAAACGUACCCAGACUUUUCUGGACGGAUCAGCUGAUGCAGGCUUUUAAUGAAGCCAUUGAAAGUCUUGGUGGAUUAAACAGUGCAAACGCUAAAGAUGUUAAAAAACUCAUGGAAAACCAUGAUGUCACAGAAAGUCAGAUUUCUAGUAAGAUUCAAAACCUGCGGAGGAAGCACCCUAGAGACGAUGAUGGUGGAGGUUCUUCUUCUGCAGGAAAAAAACUCUGUUGAUUUAGAUUGUCGCUAGUAGGAUUUUGAUAUGACUCAUGUUCGAGUCAAUAACUCACUCACUAUGGAGUUAUUAGUUCACACAUUUACAUGUGCUUUAUUUUCUCUUUUCUUUUUUUCCCAAUGUACUUUGAAAUAUGUACAAAAAUACAUUUGAUGUCACUUGAUGAAUAAUAAAAUACUUCUGUUGUUUGUUUGCUUA